AUGGGGACAAAUCAGAAUGCAAAUGUUGAUGAAGAUGUCGAUUCAACUGCUAAUAACGCACCAACUGAAUCAAGUUCUUUUAGCAUCUCAAACACUAAUUUAUAUACAAGUAGAACAGAAGAACUUUACGAUGAUGAUUCGUGCACACCAAUAGUAGAUGACAAUUUGAAACCAGUCAAGGGUACUAUAUUUAAGACUAUAGAAGAAGCUAUGCAAAUGUACGAAAAGUAUGCCUAUGAAGCUGGAUUUGAUACCAAACUAUCAACACAAAGAAGGUUAAAAAGUGGUAAGGUUAAAACCAAGUACAUUUGGUGUAGUAAAUCUGGAAAGAGUCAAGAUGUUAGUAUGGAUACAUUAAAUUCAGAAGAAAGAGAACGUAGAUCGUCAACAAUGGUUACAGGUUGCAAAGCUCAUGUUUUUUUCAAGAUUGUCGAACACAACGGAAAAUAUGAGUUAACAGACUUUGUAGAGAAACACAAUCACAAGAUGAAUGCAGGAGAAUAUAGAUACCUUUCAAAGAAACAUAGAAAACUGGGCAUAUCCGAAAUAAAUUUUAUUCAGAAGGUUUCAACUUCCGACAUAGGACCAACUAGAGCUCAUCACAUCUAUAGUAACCUCGUAGGAUCUCAGAAAAACACACAUGGAACGGUUGUCGAUUUUAAGAACCAUAAAAUGGUGAACAACAAUGAGCUUGCUGGAUUAUUUUGGGCUGAUGAGAUUGCGAGACAGAAUUACAUAGAAUUUGGAGAUAUCAUCUCAUUCGAUGCCACAUACAGAACAAACAGGUACAAUAUGAUAUUCGUACCUUUUACAGCCAUAGACAACCACAAGAAGACAGUUUCUAUUGGAGCAGGAAUGAUAAUCAACGAAACAGCUGAAUCUUAUGAAUGGUUACUGAGGGCAUUCUUAGGUGCAUUUGUUGAACAACCUAGGAUGGUUGUGACUGACCAAGAUGUAUCAAUGAAGAAGGCAAUUGCAACAGUUUUCCCAGAUUCACGACAUAGACUGUGUAUGUGGCAUAUAACUCAAAAGCUAUCUUCAAAAGUUAGCAAAAGGAUUUUUGAAAACACUGAUUUCAAAAAGAAAUUCAACCAAAUUGUUUGGGAUGUAUCAAUAAGUUCAGAAAGGUUUGAGAGGAAAUGGAAAGAGAUAAUGAAAGAGUUUAACUUGGAAGAUGAUGCAUGGUUUAAACACAUGUAUGAGAUAAGAAACUCAUGGAUACCAGCAUACUUUCGAGAAUUGGCGAUGUCAGGUCUAAUGAGAACGACUUCUCGAUCUGAAAGUGAGAACUCUUUUUUUAACAAUUUCACAAACCCUUAUGCCACAUUGGUACAUUUUAUGAUGUCUUAUGAAUCUGCAAUGGAGAGGCAAGGAUAUAGAUUGGAAAUUUUAGAUCAUCAAUCACACAACAAGCAGCCAAGAAUUAUGACUGCAUUGAAUUUUGAAAGGCAGGCUUCCAAGUUGUACACACAGACAAUAUUUCUGUUGGUUCAAGAAGAGAUAAAACAAUGUCUUUAUAAUUGUUCUCAGAUAAGUGUUUCUAAUGAAGGAAGUAAUGAAGUAAUUAUUAUUAAAGAGAACAGAGAGAUCAACAAGAAACCAGAGAAAAAACCUCCAAGAAAUAAGAAAAGAAAAGAAUAUGAGGAUGAAGAUAUUGUUGAAGAUAUAGUAACUGUGCACGAAGAAGACCCCGAAAAUGGAAUUGAGGAAUCAACAAAAAAAUGCAAAACGACAUACUGCUUGCACAUCUGGAACUACAGCUCUGAAAAGGAUAUACACAUUUAA